CGGGUGUUUGUGCGAUUCAUCUCUAUACUAAACUAAGUCGCGUUGGGUGAAAGAAUUCGGCGAAGAGAGAGUGAGAAAAAAAGCUUCAGGUUGCUUUUGAGCACAUGAACAAACUGUUGCUGGUUCGAUGCUAAAAGGGCUUGAGCAACAUCAACGAGUGCCUACAAAGUGAAUUAUUGCGCUGUGUUCUGAGGCUCUAAUUAAAUCCCGGUGUGUGUGCCUUAUCACAAAGUGACUCGUAUUUUGGCAUAAAAUCGAUUAGAUAGAGAGGACUCCGCCACCCUCUCCCUCUGCCCGUAGUAAAAAAGUGAAGAUGCUCAGCAGUCAGUCUUCGUGAGUGUCAUGGAUUUGGUCACGUUGCCACCGUGCUCGAGGCGCUUGGACGGAAUGCCACAGGAGCAAGUCCUUUCGGUGCCCCAAGCAACCUCUGACCCAUCUGUCCUCAAGAUCUCCUCAACAUUCCUCAUCAGUACCCCAAUAAAGACUGAGCAGGAUAUUCUGGAAAAGUCCAUGCCCGAGGAUGAUCCCAAUUCAAAUUCAGAGGUCAAUGGUGGUGUUGAACUGAAGAAGGGGCCAAGGUGGGGGCCACAGCAUAAGGGUGCCCAAGAAUUGGCUAAUCUCUACAGCUCAGGAAAACGCAGCCAAGAAGUCAUCUGUGUGUGGCUUUGCAUUAGCCUGAUGCUCCUCAAUCUCUACCUCAUUGUGAGGCAUUUUCAUUUCGAGCGAAUCAGCAUUGUAAUUAUGGCAGCUCUCUGUGGUAUCCUGACGGCAGACUUUGGAUCCGGUCUGGUGCAUUGGGCAGCUGAUACAUGGGGUUCUGUGGACCUACCAAUCAUUGGCAAGAAUUUCCUGAGGCCUUUCCGGGAGCAUCACAUCGAUCCCACGUCCAUCACACGACAUGAUUUUAUCGAGACAAAUGGUGACAAUUUCAUGAUAGCCAUUCCAAUUCUGGGAAAGUUGGCGUACAACUUCCUCAGUCGCACUCAGGCUGAGAUUCAGCAAGAAUUUGCAUUCAGUGCGUAUCUCUUUUUGUGUUCAAUCUUCGUCGCAAUGACCAAUCAAAUUCACAAAUGGUCACACACAUACUGGGGCCUACCAAAGUGGGUGAUCCUUAUGCAGGAUUACCACAUUAUGCUACCCAGGCGGCAUCAUCGCAUCCACCAUGUGGCACCGCAUGAAACAUAUUUCUGCAUAACAACUGGAUGGCUCAAUUGGCCACUUGAGAAAAUUAGAUUUUGGACGUGCCUCGAGAAUGUAAUUGAAUACACAACGGGAUGCCGACCACGGGAUGAUGACAUGAAGUGGGCGCAGAAGAGUCAGUGAGGUGUUAUAACCUUUAUGCUGCAAUGCCAUAUUCUUCUUUCUUUCUUUUUUCGUCUUUUAUCAACAAAACACAUGGAAAUUGAUGAGCUUUAAAGCUUUGUGAAGGCUAUUUGGGGGUAGGUGCAUGGAGGAUGCAAAAUAUCCCCAAACUUUGGUGCUAAUAACAAUUUGAUAAUUAAAGAUGGUCUACGGGUUUUGAUUAAAUACAAAAUAAAACAUAUUUUGGGAAGAGAAAUAAAAAGUAAACAUUUAAAAAUAUGAGCUUUUGCAUAAAAUAGGAAAUUGUUGUCAUUUGGAUGAAUUAAUUGGGUGAAAAUUUGGCACUCAAAAAUUGCUUUUUGCAUUAGGAAAAUUAUUUUAUUAUUAUUUUAUUAUUAUUUUUUUUUUAAUUAUUUUUAAACGUCUAGAAAAGACAAAAUUAACAAAAAUGUAGUGCACAUUAGACUAAAUUAAAAUCAACAAAAGACAUUUAAGUCCGUUUAAAAAAAUUAUUUGAGUGCCAAUUUACAUUUAAAUUAAUUUCGAAUGAAAACAACAAACCAAAUGUUGUGGAAAUGGAAGAUAAAUAAGAGAUAUUAGAUUUGGAAGUCAUUGAUAAAAUUUUCUACAAUAUUUAAUCAUAAUUUGUUGUGUAAUUUAUAUUCUGCUGUGGCAAUACAAUUUUUUUGGGACCACUUUUAAUUAUAAAUAAAAUAUAAUUAGCAUUAUUAUAAAUAAAUUAGUUAUACAUAAUAUUAAAAUUUGCACUGAAUAUAGAAAUUUUAAUCAUUGUUCUCGCUAA